UUUGUAUUCUAUCGGUUUGACAAGAAAAAACAACACAGAAAUUUAGUUGCAAAAAACUAAUAAACGUGGAAAGAAGUAAGAUUAAUACAAGAAAACUAAAUUAAACUAAGAAAUUAUACUUUAAAUGAAAAUAAAACAAAUAUUUUAAAUAAAAUAAACAUUAAUUUACAACAACAAAUAAAAAAGGCGCAGAGAAAUUAUAAAAAACACAUUGCCGGUGUGAGCGGAUGAGGCGGACAGAAUUUCUUAAUCUAAAGUACUUUCACAACAAAAAUACCACAAAUUAAACAAAAACAAUUAAGAAUUUUGUGUUUUAACAAGAAAUUUAAUAAAAUUUUAAAAUUAGGAAAACAAUUGCCAUAAUUUCCUAAUUAUUGUUAAUUGUUUCUCUACCUUUGCAUUUUGCUCUUUGAUUCAGCAAUGCUUUUCAAACUGUAAACAUUUACUCACCACUUGUGUAAGUAAACAAGAAGCAGCAAUUGUUUACCUUUUAUAAAAACGAACACACCUCAACAGCUGUUUGAUUAAACUAAAAGGAAAAUUUAUAAAUUAUAAAUUAAUAAUAAAUCAACAAAAAUCAUGAUGUCUGCAUCAGAAACAGCAUCCACCACCGCCCCAAACAUGCAAACGUCCGACAGACGUUGUGAAAAUCCCGACUGUAAUGUCAAUAAACUGAUAUCCAUGGUACCAAAACGUAAAACCACCCAAUUUGUAGCCGAUCCUGUGGUCAUAGAAAAACCCAUGUUGGUUAAUGGUUUCACUGCAGUCUUUCAAGUGGAUGGCAGUUCUGCUCGUCUUAUGGACAUUAAAAAUCCCAAUGGUGAAGGACAAACAAAAACUAUUUACCGUAUUAUACCAAAUUCCCAUGUACAUGUAGUCAACUAUGUGGUGGUAGAUACCGAUGAAACGUAUCUAAAGAAAAUCACCGAAAAUGAUCCAGCUACUAUGCAGAAGUUGUUGACUUCACAGAAAGAAAGUGCCGAUCAAAUGUUAAAGAAAAUAAUGUCAGGACAGGGUUCCUCGGCCACUGCAGCCAUGACCACUGUGGUAUCCACCAUAAAUAAUACCAGUAAUUUACCAGCAGCACCUUCUGUGGCUGCUAAUAUUACCAAUCCAGUAGUCCCUGCUCCAUCAGCUGUUGCAGCUCAAAAGAAUUCUAUCAAAUUACCCGUAAGAAUGCAUCCUAAUUUAAAAAUUACUGCUGUAACCAGUGGUGAGGCGGUUAAUACACCUCCUACAAUGUCGGCAAAUGUUAGUUCAACUACCCAAAUGACGGCUCCUUAUAUACAGGCGGUGCCCUUAAACAAUUUACAGGCUACGGCAGCUCCUUUAGUUGCUGCACCUGUUACUAACAUCGAUACGGUAGACAAACCCACAUAUGAUAAAAUGCAAGAGGAAAUCAAUGAUUUAAGACGUACCGUUGCUAUGCUGGCCGAAGCUCAAGCAAAAAAUCAACAACAACAACCGGCUACUUCUAAAGUUGCCAAACGUCCCAGAAUAUCUUUACCCAAAUUAGUUUAGUUUUUUUUAAUGUUUUGACUUUAUAUUUGAUGGAGUAUGUUUAAUUUUAUUCCAUUUUUUUUAAUAAUACUUUUUAAAGACAUGUUAUGUUAUUUUUACAGAAAAAAAUAUUGAUUUGUUUUUGUAAUUGUCGCAUUUGCAAAUUUUAAUUAGAAAUAAUGAGAUUUUUCUUUAAUUUUACCAAAGUAUGUUGAAAUUAUAUUUAGAGAAAAGUUUUACAUUAAUAUUUGUAAAUGUGGCAAGUAAAGGAAAAACAGUUAUAAUUCAAAUUAUAAUAUUUAUAAUUCUCAUGUAAAAUACAAUAUUUUUAUAAAAAAGAAAGAAUUUGGAAUUCUUUAUUUUUAUUACAAAUAAAUUUUCUAUAUUUUAUGAAAAAUGCUUGCUUUUAUAAAAAAACGCGAAUGAUUUAAAAAUUUCCUAAUAGAUCCUUAACAAUUUAAUAGUUUAUGAGAAAUUUCUAAUAAGUUAUUAAAACUGUAACACUAAAAAUUUUGCAUUUUUCAGGUAAUACGAUAUAAAGGAGAAAACUUUCCAAAUUCAAUUUAUUUAACAGACAAAUUCGUAUCACAGAGUAAAUAUUCUUUUAAGCCUUGGCGAAACGUUUAUUUAACUUCAGUACAACGUAGAAAUAUUCUCUCCAAUUAAACAUUUCGAUUACGGGUCUGCAUUCAGGUAGCAUUUUGGCAGCUUUGAAUAUUUCUCCACUUAGAAGACCAUACUGGAACAGCGUAAACACUUACCGACCAAUUGAUUUAUAGGUAUACAAAAAGCUUUCUUUAUCCAUACCCUUAGUGAUGUCGGCUACUGCUUUCAGGACAUUGUUCCUACCUAUGCAUUAUAGUGGUAUAAUGUUUGAGUGAAUUAAGCUAGCGAAGACUAUUGUCGCUGUUAAAAUGUCACCAUCAAUAGAUAUAAUUAUAGAACACGUAUUAAGUCAGAUUAUUUAAUUUCCAGACAAUAUCUCUCAGCCUUGUUCUAAAAAUGACACGAUUGUGGCAGUAUUUUCUUUCAAAGACCUAAGAAUAAACAGCAAUUUCCCAGUUACAUAUUUCAUCUUAAAGAAAAAAUAAAUUUCAAGGGCAGCAAAAAAUAUUAAAAUUGUUGAAGGGUUCUGAAUUUCUGUAAGGCAUUUUCCUUCUUUUACAAAAAAUCCAAAAAUUUUAGAAAGAAAAAAAUAAACCUGUAUUUUUACUUUGCGCGCAUAUGAAUGUGGUAAAUAAAAAGCUGUCAAAUUUUUGUUUACAAACAAUGGCUUGAUUAGUAUUGCCCAUUUGGUUAAAAUAAAAGUCGCUGAUAAAUCUUAAAAGCAAAAUUGAUAAAUUGAUUAAAUUUUUAAAGUAAUAUAUAUUUACAGUUAAUAAAAAAGCAUUUAGU